GAAGAGACGCACUCAAUUCAAAACGCAAAUACGGGCCAGGCUACACACAGCGCAGAAGAGAGAGAGAGAGAGAGAGCGAGAGGUGGUUACAGAUGCAGUGGAAAUGGGGAAGGUGGAGCAACAGCAACUACAUGGGCAGCAACAGCUGGUUCAGGACGGCGGAGAUGGAUCUUGGGGACCAAUCCUCUGCGGGAGAUGUUCGAUGGGUCUGUGUACAAUCGGCCGCCAACACUUCAAUCUGAAAUGCGUCGUCGUCUUCGUCUUCAGCCUCUCCGUCUUCCUCCCGGCGGCGUUUUGGCUCCUUCCUCUUCACUCCAAAUGGUACGGGUUUGAUGCGAAAAAAGCCAUCAAGCUCAGUGCUUCAGUUCAGGCUUACUUCAGAGUGGAAAAGCCAGUUUCAGAUCUAGUUCCACAAAUUCAAAGACUAGAAUAUGACAUCAAUGGUGAAAUAGGUGUUCCUUCUUCAGAGGUCCGAGUACUAUCUAUGCACCCAGCUGGUGCUAACUGGACAGAUGUGGUGUUCGGCAUUCUUUCAGAUCCAAUUGAUGCUUCAUUAACUCCAGUGUCAUUGAGUUUGCUGAGAUCAUCUUUAAUAGAGCUAUUCCUUCAGCAAUUCAAUUUGACUUUGACAUCAACAAUUUUUGGGCUACCUUCUUCCUUUGAAAUUUUGAAGUUUCCAGGUGGAAUCACUGUGAUACCUGAACAGUCUGUUUCCGUUUGGCCAAUCUCCGAGUUCCUCUUUAAUUUUACUCUCCAUAAUUCUAUAUGUGAAAUAAAGGAAAGACUUUUUGAGUUGAAGGAACAGCUGAAGUUGGGGCUGCAUCUGAGGUCUUACGAGAAUGUGUAUGUGCAGUUAACAAACGGUAAUGGGUCAACAAUAGAUCCUCCUGUUACAGUUCAGGCAGCUGUUAUAUCUGAUAUGGGGAGGCUUUUGCCCCUGAGAUUGAAGCAAUUGGCCCAAGCCAUCAUAGGUUCUCCUCCUGCAAAGAAUCUUGGCCUCAGUAACUCUGUUUUUGGUAAAGUUAAGGAAAUCAGUCUAUCUUCUUAUCUAAGUCAUACAAUUCAUGCUACCCCACCGAGGGCUUCUCCAGCCCCAGCUCCAGAGAAAAAUGAUUAUGCAGGACCUGCAGUUGCCCCAUCUCCUCAUCUUGCUCCAUCUUACUCUCCAGCUCCUGCGCCUGAUUUUCAUUGUCAUCAUUUGCCAUGUCAUAAUUGUUAUAUUUCUUCACCAUCUAAUGAAUACCCCACUUCACCAAGCCCUGAAAACAGACCCUGCUAUUCUUUACUUCCAACUUCAAGUUCUCCUGCACCGUCAAGAGUAGGUACUCCCCCACCUUGCCCUAGUCAUUAUUGUGAUUCCUCAACUUCACCAAGCCCCUCACCAACAUCUAAUUCUGACUUAGCUGUUCCUCCAGCUUUCUCACCUCAUGCUUCUAGUUCUUAUCCACGUCCUUUGGGUCCCAGACCACAGUUCCCACCAAAUCUUUCUCCCCUACCUGUUUUAUAUUAUGCUUCCAGUCGUAAACAAGAGAAGGGGAAUGCCAAAGGGUUAUCUCCACCAGUUGUAUCGCCAUCUCCAUCACCCGACCUGGCAAAUCAUAACAUCCCCGGUUCUUUGCAGCUUUUGCCAUAGGUCCUUUCCAAAAGAUCUGGUUACUUAGUAUUUGUGGAUUCCUGGCAUUACAUCUCCUGCAAUGGCUAUAAUCAGAAUCCUAUACAACACGCAAGUGUCCAUUCUCAAUUUUCCAAGCAUCCAACUCGAGGAAUUGUACAGUUCUGCUCUGGCUGAGUAGAGAGGAGCACUGGUGGUAAGCAGGGUUUACAGGCAACUUAUACAUUAAUGAACUUGCAGGUCAAAGCCAAAAAUGUGGCAGGCCUCAGAUGUCUACAUUGCAAAACAUGGCAGGAAGGCAAAGUAUUGUUCUUUGGAAAAUGAAUAGAAUGUUGCAGUAGUUCAAGGAGAACCAUUCCACUUCGCAGCAAGUGUAGAAAAUAUUGGUACUUUUUGAACAUCUGCAAUGUGAUGCAACACCAAAUGUGUUGCAGAGACAUGAGAUUCAAUUCAAAUGGUCACAAACUGAAGGAAAUAUAGCAUGUAUUUUGCAAAAUGUUAGUAUAUACUGAUUUUAAAGCCUCAAAUGAUCAGAUUGCUCUUCUUUUAUUUGUCUUUUUAUUAGAUUUCAUACAUUUGGAUCCGCAGUUGUUGCACAGACGUCUUCCAAAAAAUGCCUAAAUCUUCCAAAUUCAGUUC